CUCCUCGCCAAAUUUGGUUUCUUGAAUAGCGACCCUCUCCGCCACCGCCCUCGUCCGCGCCGCCCUCGCUGGCCGUCCGCGACAUUUCUCGCUCGUCGCUGCCCAGCUGCGAGCCGCCACACGCACUCUGCGUGCACGCCAGGACGCUCGCAGCGCACACAUUCAACCGACGUGCGCUAGUGCUUAUCUCACACGGGCUGGCUGUCGUCUGUGGCCACAUCAAACCGUCCGCAACUGCUGCGGCGCGCGCCCCUGUUGGACGAUUCUCCGCACACUGCUCAAUUUUUACUCCUACAGCACCACCACAUUUCUACCAUGGCUGACUCCCCAGAUGGCACCGAAUCGGCAGCAGCCGAGUCGGGCGAUGACGGACAGCUCACCAUCCGCAUUCCUAACCCAAAAGUCUACAUGGCUCGUCAAUCGCAGUGGAAAGGCCGCAGAGGAAAGCCGCGCUGUGAUCAUUGCCGUUUGAACAACCUCAAGUGCGACCGCGUUUUGCCCACAUGUAAUCACUGCGCAUGGGCAAAUGGCCGAGAAUGCAAGUACACGCCGUUACCGACUCCUGCGCAUAGGGGCAUCCCGAGAUGCGACAGGUGUCGAUCCCAGAACCUCAAGUGCGAUCGCAGUUUGCCCAUAUGCAACCACUGUCAGGAGGAUAACGAGGAGGACUGCAACUACACGCCGAAGAAGCGGCACAAGGUUCCCACAGAGAACCAGACCGCGACACCGAAGGGCGACAGAAACGAGACGCCCUAUACUUCGAAGACGGCUUCCUUUCUCGUCUCCGAGGUGCCUUCGGACCACGAGGGCGAGGCGGAGAGCUCCACCUCCAAUGGAAACGGUGCCACUCCGACCAACAAGCACACCUUCGAGGCCGAAAUGCGCACUGAGCCACAGAUUAAGCAAUACAAGCCACCUGGCUCACCUAUGCCGGGUGAUGAUAUUCCUAUGGACGUCGACUCGGAGAUGUUCCAGCAGGUGGGCCCUGAUGGAGCGGUAACCUGGGUGCGCAAGCUUGCGCUGCCUCCGCUUUCGGCGAAGGGCGCGUCCUCUGCGAGCGCGAGUGGCUCAGGGUACCACCGUCCAUUUGUGCUCGACCAGGGCAUGAUCGUCACAACACCACACGUUGACCCGUGGACGCAUCCGUCCUUCGCUCCUCUUCCGACCGUCGUCCUACAAACACUCGCGGCAAUUACAGCAAUGGACAUGCCGACGCGACAUGCGUUCGACGAGGCGCUCAUACGGUUCGUAGGCGGACUGGCACCAGAAUUACGGGAGACGGCGACGUUCAUCACAGACGUCUACUCAGAGGUCGCGCAUGCCGUAUCCGAAGGUUUGGUAUCGGAGUUGUCGCCCCGAUUGCAGCUCUGGGCGAGCUGCCACCAUGCAAGAGCGGGUUCACGCAAGCAGCACCUGCUCAUCCUCCCCAGGGACGCGUACUACAACAUGGACCGUGUAGACGAGGAGAGCCUCCGCGCUAGCUAUGUCGCCCUGACGGAUGGCGAGCCCGUGCCACUCAAGCCAGAGGACUCGGCGGCGGGCAGCUUGGCCGCGCUGGACCCUUUGGCAGUGUUCGACCGCAUACCGGUCCAAUCGCAGAUAUACGACGUCUUGGUGUACACACACAGGAACCACAGCUCCGCUCCGAGCAUGCUGUCGGAGGCCAGGCGGAUAGGCGUCGCGACGAUCACCUGGCCGAUGGUGGAGAUCUUCAUCCGGCUAUGCCCUCUCUGCAAAAUGCGCGGCAAGAACAGCACGCGCGUCGCCUCCGAAGACGACCCCGCCCCACCUGUCUCACGCGCCCACUCACACGCCUCCAAGCGAUAGCUCACCCCCACUCUCGCGGCCUCGCGGCCGGCCAUUGUAUCUUUAUUUAGGGCAUCUACUUCCUUGUACGAUACAUAUACAAGCUAGCUCACCGUGAUGUACAUGCGUCGUAUUGGUCGGGAUGGGUCCGUUGUAACAUUUAUUCCGCUCUCUCGUUGUGUACUCGUCGGUGCUCCUCUCCUGUUUUGGUGAUCUCGAGCUCAGUGUUGUUGCUGUACUGUACCGGCGCGCCUUGCUUGUAUUGCGGCUGCGGUUGCCAGGUCGAAUGGACACACGUUGUCCUUGCG